UUUAGACCAUCCCAGUGAGUUUUAGGAGUUAAUCUUUAGGCCAAACCAUGCCAUGCAACCUCUUCUUUGGAGACCAACCAGACCAGAAGCCACUCACAAGUGCAUACAAUCAGAGAAGAGAGAAGAUUAAGAAUUAUCUCAGCAAUCUUAGGACCCAAACCAAAACUAAGAAUAUGAGUCACUUUGUAGCUCCAAAAGUGAAAGAACAUAAACGCUUUUUGAAAAAUAUGGCAUUUCUAUCGAAGAAUAGGUACUCUGGGUCAGUUAAUGUGGACUAUAAUGACCAGGACUCUCCAGACUUAACUUACAACAAGUUUACAGACAUGAGAUGACUGAGACAGAGAAGGAAGAAAUCAAAAAUGAGAAUCAGCCUGAAGACUAGUCAUAGGAAGUAUUCCCCAUCUGGAAAUAAAAAUCUUAUAAAUUCUAUGAAAGAGCUAUAUACUAGUGUAAGAGAACCAAAGAUGAAAUCUAACCAGAAAAUAUUAAACAAGACGAGCAGUGGAUCUAGAGGAGUGUUUUCAAAUUCUAAAAUUGAUGCUGAUCUUAUUGGUGAUUUGGCUCUCAAGAGAAAACCUAUGAAGUCUCGUAAAUUACAUAGAUCAGUUCAUAUAAAGAAGGGCUCAAAAUAAUGCAUGGAAAUUCAGUUCUCUAAGCAAUAAAACAGCAUAUUCAAAAAAGUUUCAGAGAACCCCUCAGACCGGCAAGAUCUUAGAAAUCCUAAGAUAUAAGCCAAAGGACUCUUUUCCAAGAGUAUCAGCCAAUUCGAAAUUCUUCAAAUCCCAAAAAGAUGCCUUGAAACAAUCAUUAAUGGGCAAUUAUGCUACUCGUCUUAAUUUCCCUUAUUAACACAACCAAAGUUCCCACAGCCAA